UGGUUUCUUGGUUAUGAUCCUUAUCAUAUUGGCUGACACCCAAAUCCUUGUCUCCCUCAUGGAGCACCCUUCUAAAAGCUUGGUUGCAUAUUUUGCGCAUAGCGAUUAUGAUCACAAGCUGAUCAAGGAAGUCGCGAAGUUAUUCUUCAUGGUCGACUCCACAAUGGUCUCAAAAGAUUUUUCAAACUGUACCCCUUUGGAAAACUCAUGUAACCAUUAUCUCUAUCCCUCUUGUUAUGUUUUAACCUUUGAUUGUCUGAAUUUCCCUCUCUUGAGGCUUUAACUAAUGAAAGUUCUUGUUUGCACAAAAAAAAAAAUCUAUACAUUAUAAUAAUUAAAAAACUAUGUGUUAUACAGUUUUCUUUGAAAAUUUGCGUAGAACAAGAGGCUGCAGCCGACAUUACCCGUGUCUAUAUAAGACCCUUACUUUUUUCAAUUCCAACAUAGUUCAAAAACCGCACACACACACAAAAGAUCCAUUUCUAACGCAGAGAAAAAGAGAGAGAGAGAGAGAAGGUAUUGACGUAUUGUAUUGCUGACAUGGCAAAGAGCAAAGACAGUUCGCUACUAGACCGGUUGAGGCAAGCCGUGAAUAAAGUAAAGUUCGUGUUAAGUUUCAAGAUAAACAGCCUAUGGAGUCUCGUACCGAUGCUUGGCUCUUCCUCUUCUUCCUCGUCUCUUCGGUUAAGUUUCAACGAGAGACCCGGUUUACCAGCGGCAUAUACAGAGAGUGAACCGGGCUCUUCAAGAGGAGCGUUGUAUAGAACCGGGAGUUACGAUCCAUCCUCGGACGAAGACAUAGACAGCAAAGCUGAGAUGUUCAUAGCUAAUUUCUACAAGCAGCUUAAGAUUGAGAGACAAAUCUCUUUGGAGCUUAAAUAUUGUGUGGGUAAUAAUCAGAGUUUCAACUACAGGUCGCCUUAAAUUUUCUUUUCACUUUUAUUCGUUUGUUCAUGUUUGUUGUAAUAAAUAAGAUCCUAUAAAUUUCAUUGGGUCAGGGGGAGGCCUGCUAUAUCUUUUUGUAGUGGUAGGCUUAUCCCAUUGUUACUGAGUCACAUUUGUUCAUUUACAUUUUAUAAUUCAUUAAUGUAUAAUGAGCUCAUGAGAGGAAAAUGUGAUAAUAUGUAAUUUCAUUUCAUCGGUUUGAGUGAGUAUUCAAAGCUUUUGUUUGAUUCGUUCCAUCGAACUA